AUGGCACCCAUUUCCAUCGCCGACAUUGUGGCGGCCCUGCCAGCGGAGGACACUUGGGGCCCCGCGACCUCGACCGACAAUAUGCUUGAGGGUGUCCCAUAUGCUCCUUUCUCUAAGGGUGACAAAUUGGGUCGCAUGGCCGACUGGACUGCUGAGUCCAAGGACCAAAGAACCGGUCGUCAGGCUUACAACCGCAACUUCAGGGACCAGCAAGUGUACGGAGCCGGUUCCUCCAACCUGUUCAGCAUCCAGGUUGCUGAAGAUGAAUCUUCCUUCUCCGUCGUUGACAACACUCGUACCUCUGCCAAGCGCACCUUCGGCCGUGGUGGUGGCACCGUCUUCCGCGGCCGCGGCCAGCGUGGCGCGGGCCAGAGAGGCGGUCGUGCUGGCUUCCAGCGUGUUGGUGCUGGCCGUGGCCAGGGCGAUCGCUUCUACGACAACCGUGCCGGCCGCAGCAACCGUGGACGUCGCUUCGGAUGGAAGGACUACGACAAGCCGCAGAGGACUCGUGAGCCGUCUGUCAAUGUGCGCCCCGACUGGACCAUGCUGGAGGAAGUGGACUUCAGCCGUCUGCUGAAGCUGAACCUAGAGACCCCCGAUGGCGAGGACAUCGACUCGUAUGGUUUCCUUUACUACUACGACCGUUCUUAUGACAAGGCCCCUGUUAAGGGCGCCGAGCGUAGACUGCAGUCUCUUGACCGUGCUGCCUACAACGUUACUACCUCCCAGGACCCUGUCAUCCAGGAGCUCGCCGAGAAGGAUACAGCCACCGUUUUCGCUACCUCCGAUAUCCUGUCUAUGCUUAUGUGUGCCCCUCGCAGUGUCUACUCCUGGGAUAUUGUUAUCGUGCACCAGGGCAACAAGAUCUACUUCGACAAGCGUGAGGGUGCCUCGCUUGACUUGGUAACCGUCAACGAGAAUGCAAUUGACGCCCCUCUCGAGAUUGCCGAAUCUUCGGCUAAGCAGGAGGCCAUCAACACUCCCAGCGCUCUUGCCAUGGAGGCCACCUUCAUCAACCACAACUUUGCCCUGCAAACCGUCGCCGAGUCCCAGGAUGCCAAGCUGGACAUGAAGAACGCCAACCCCUUCUACAAUGCUUCGGAGGAGACCGAGCCUCUUGCCUCCAAGGCCUACAAGUACCGUCGCUUCGAUCUCUCCUUGGAGCGUGACGAGGAGCCUUUGAAUAUGGUUGUCCGUACUGAGGUCGACGCCCUCCUGAAGAACCCCGUCAACGGCGAAGACCAGCAGCUGAUCGUCAAGGCCCUGAACGAGUUCGACAGCAAGGCCCAGGGCUCCGGCAAUGCUCUGGACUGGCGUAGCAAGCUCUGGUCGCAGCGCGGUGCCGUUGUUGCCACUGAGAUGAAGAACAACAGCCUUAAGCUUGCCCGUUGGACCACCCAGGCCGUCCUUGCCAAGGCCGACGGUAUGAAGCUCGGUUUCGUCUCGCGUGCUAACCCACGCUCCGCCGCUGGCCACGUUGUCCUCGGUGUUGUUGGCUACAAGCCUCGUGAUCUCGCCGCUCAGAUGAACCUGAACCUGGGCAAUGGAUGGGGUAUUGUGCGCACUAUUGUCGACCGUAUCCGCGCCCUGGACGCCGAGGAGGACGAGGAGAAGGUCAAGAAGUACGUUCUCAUCAAGGACCCCAACCGUCCCGUUCUCCGUCUCUACAGCGUGCCAGCCAAUACCUUCGAGGAAGAUGAGGAGGCUGCCGCUGAGGAAGAAGAGCAGAAGGCUGAAGAGGAUGAGGAGUAA